CCGACGCAAAACUUCAUAACAUUUUAUUAUUGAAUGAUUACUUCUGAAGCUUUUUUCAGUUUUUUCGACAUUUAUCAUAAAAAUUAAAGUAAACUGUAAACGAACCGGUGUUAUACGGGCACGUUUACGUUGACAUUUUAAUGUUUUUUUUUAUUUUCCAUUUUCCCAUGAAUGACGCUGAAUCCCUGUUGCCAGACUUGGUUUUGAUGUGCUGAAUCGUUUAGUCCAUAAGACUGACUGGAGGCUUGCGAUCCUUCAGAAUGAUCAUCAUUUGCGAACAGUGUAAAGGGUUUAUGCAGGUGUCCAAAUCGGAAAGCCACUCCAGCAAAGGAUAUCAUGUUGCUUGCCGAGUGUGCAAAUCUGAUAUUCCUGUUGCCGAUCUCCCCGGCGGCGUGCUGGUUUGUUCAUUUUAUCCAAAACUGAAGGAAUUUUCGGAGGUUCUUUCCGGUGACGACAACGCUGGGAGGAACGAAACUGAAAGCACAUGUCCAAAAUGCAACCAUAAGCGGGCAUACUACCAUCAAAUGCAAACUCGGUCUGCGGAUGAGCCUAUGACCAUAUUUUACAAGUGCGUUUCUUGUGGAAAUCAAUGGAGAGAAAACUGAACGGCUGAUACUAUGUUAGUGUGUUUCCUGUAAUUUGAGUUGGGCUUUUAAUAAUUUAUAACUAGUAACUUCCGGUUGUUAGACUGAAAGUGUUGCUGCAUUAACGUGACGAAAUCUCAUGCGCUCGAACGGAACCACUUGUAGUUUGUACAUAGCGGCAUUACCGCUCCUACGAAUUCGAGCGCCUAAAUUCUGAUACUAAACCAUUAAACAGAAGAAACUUAAAUGACGUGC